AGUCAUUUAAAGUCGCAAGACGCAGCCCUAGCACGUUAGUUGGCUCGUUGUUUCGAGUCUCUCAUCAAAUCUUCGCGUCAUGGCAUCGGAGCGGUAUAGUUUUUCCUUGACAACAUUUAGCCCCUCGGGCAAGCUGGUGCAGAUAGAGUACGCGCUGGCGGCGGUGGCGGCCGGGGCGCCCUCUGUGGGCAUCAAGGCAUCCAACGGAGUGGUGCUGGCCACGGAGAAGAAGCACAAGUCUGUGCUGUACGAGGAGCACAGCAUUCACAAGGUGGAGCUGGUCACGGACCACAUCGGCAUGGUGUACAGCGGCAUGGGCCCGGACUACCGGCUGCUGGUGCGGCGUGCCCGCAAGCUGGCCCAGCAGUACCAGCUCACCUACGGGGAGCCCAUCCCGACGGCCCAGCUGGUCCAGAAGGUGGCCUACAUCAUGCAGGAGUACACCCAGAGCGGAGGGGUGCGCCCCUUUGGGGUGUCCCUCCUGGUGGCCGGCUGGGACCAGGGCAGGGGCUACGUCUUCCAGUGCGACCCCUCGGGGGCGUACUUUGCCUGGAAGGCGACGGCCAUGGGCAAGAACCACGUCAACGGCAAGACCUUCCUCGAAAAGAGGUACAGCGAGGAGCUGGAGCUGGAAGACGCGGUGCACACGGCCAUCUUGACCCUCAAGGAGGGCUUCGAGGGCCAGAUGACGGCAGACAACAUCGAGAUCGGUCUGUGCAACGAGCAAGGCUUCCGGCGACUGGCCCCCGCAGAGGUCAAGGACUACCUGGCCAACAUCAUCUGAUGUCCCUCCAGCAAACACUCCCCCGUCCUCAGCGGGCACGCGCCGAGCCGGAGGGCACGAAAUGGGUCUUGGAUGCAUGCACUAAACGACAAGAAAGGAAAUUUCUGAGGA